AUGCCCACAUCCUUCCAGGAGUUCAAGGCUUUCUGUAACAAGGUUGGCCUAGACUUUCAAUGGCUUAAUUUACAGUCCUCCAAAUCUGUUCCGGAAAACAACCCCGCUGAAAGCCUCCCAACUGUCAAUGAAAUUGAACAAGAAAACCUCAGACCAGCUACUGAGCCACUCAAAGCUGAGCAGCCCAAGGAUUCUGCCGGCAACUUUUUUUAUGAUUUCAAGAACGCUCAAAUCUGGAGCGUGCAUAAGCAGAGCAAUGAGGGCCAUUCUGCUACCGUGCCUUGUUCCAAACAAGUAUCAGAAAACAUACCUGAGGCAGCGACAAACAAGACAGCCCGUACCAAUCACGAGAAUGUCACCAUAGGAAAUACAUCACUACCAACAUAUUCUGCUGUGCAUCAGGAGGAAAACACCGCUAUAACAACCUCCUACUCUUUAUCCUAUUCUUCAAGCGAGAGCUGCAACAUAAUUACUUCCUCCUCCUCCCACAACCGUGCCAUGAUUCCAUCUUCUCCCGUGCAGGGAAACAACACAGCUAUAUCGCCCACAACAGCCUGUACAUCAGCCAACAACGAAUCAGUACCCUCACUAGCCUCAUCUGUUAGCACCUCCUCAUCUGUUUAUUCGCCGUGGAAUCCUCCAGGUUCUCCCCAUUUAUCGUCAUUUCCAGAAGGUAUUUUUACUUCACUUAAUCCAGAAGUCACCUGCUUUGAUUUCUGCCGCACCAAGGACUCCAGGACAAAAGAGAAGAAUGAAUCUACGAUUCCAACUGACAUUUUUUUUCCAGUAAAUACCAUUGACCACCAGAAACAUGACCCAGGUCGAGAAUCAGAGGAAAAUGUCUGUCCUCCCGCUCCGUGCGUUCAGGAUGUAAGCUGCGGUACCCGUUCUGCAGCGACAUUCACCGAGUCCAACUGCACGGUGACUACCGCAGUCCCUUCGUACAUUCAAAGGUACCUCGACAAGCCUCAGAACUGGUUUGAAAGCACCAUGGGAAAAUACUGUCCACUCUUCCUAAGAGGUACAAAGAACAUUGAUUACGAUUCACCCGAAUUCAAGUUUGAGCGCAAGAUGAUUGCUGUUCAAUACCUGCUUUUAGACGAACACUCCGAGCCCAGAAAAUACUACAACCCAUCAAAUAAAACUGUUCCGUUCUGGAAAAGGCCCUUCAACUUCGAUACAUUGCCCAGCUAUGACCAGCUUUUGGAUGAAGCAGAGGACCGCUUCUAUUCAUACCAAUACAGAUACGAAGGCUUCCAGAGAAUAGAACCUUACUCCAUUUUUUGUCCCUGGGAAAACACACAAAGGGAAAUAGACCUAGUCCUUGAUCACAUCCACUACUCCCUCGAUAUUGGCAAGAAAAAGUCUCUAAACCGAAAGGGAAACAUAACUCUCGAUACCUUGGACAGUGAAGUCGAUCGCAACGCUCAGAUCAAGCCGUACCACUUUUUUCCGUCUAACAACCUGGUAUACGAAGGCCUACCGCAUGCUGCCGAACAAUCCUUAAUCGUGAGUCCUGACACCUCGCUUGUCGAGAGGGCGUUUCAGGCACUGGUAAAUAUCUGCAAGGAAUCUAUCCCAUCUUCCGAUGACUUCCCUACCCGCAAUCAUAACAGCGCACCCCAGCUUGCCCAGCCAGAGCCAUCUAAGCCAUGUCGGCUGCUACUUAUUCGUGAGUCUCGCACAGCGACAGAAUCAGAAACUAAUAAAAAGUUUUGGCUCUAUCCAAAAAGAAAGGAUAUCGAGGUAACCGUGCCAAUGCCUCCUCCUCAACGCGGGACAAAAAGUCUAUUACAAAAAUGGUUUCCAACUUUUGUGCGUCAAUGA